GCCUCUACUUCCACCUACCCCCUAACUGUAUUUUUAUUGCUCACCCAAUUUAAUGUUGCACUUCCUUGAAAAUUUAAUAGCCUCACAACGAAUCUUUUUACAAACCCUUAAAACUCAUUAUUAUUGUUCACAACAUGAUGUCUCUUUAGUGUUCUUUUUCUUAAAUGUCUCUCCGCUAAUAUAAUGACCUCAACUUCAAGCUUCGUUUCUUAGUAGUUUAGUACUACUACUUGUAAAAAUCGGACAAAACACACAAAGCGUGACUCCAUGCGACAGCUCCUCUUGAAUUGCGCGUGUGAAUAACCCCAAAAAGGCAAAAGAACUCUUUCUUUUGUUAAUCUCGCUCAGUUCUCUCCCUCUCUCUCUCUCUGUUCUCUCAUAGUUUCUCCCUCGUUUCUUGCUCUCAAUGGAGACAAAGUACCUUACUUUCUUCUCGUUUUGCUACCCCAACACGAUUUGUGUGUUACUCUUACUCAUAGUUUCUUGGCUUGCAAGAAGCACCAUCGACCAUAAUUGGUUAAGAACACUACUACGGAGAACAGAAGCGAAGAGGAACAAGAAUCAAGAAGAUGAAAACAAAAUGUCUCUUCUUGAUUUGCCAGACUUAACCUUAGACUGCAUCUUAGAGAAGCUCUCUCCAUCCGAGCUAUGUGCUAUGGCUUGUGUUUGCUCUGAGCUAAGAGACAAAUGUGUCAUCGAUCAUCUAUGGCAGAAGCAUAUGGAGGCAAAAUGGGGAAGAUUGAUGGGUGAUGCAGCGACACAAGAGUGGAAAUCUCAUGUCGCAACGUUAAUGAGAUGUCUCAGAAGUUCAAAUCAAAGCAGUAGUAAACCAAAUUGGAGAUCGAGGUUUGUUGCGAGUCUUAAACCUUUCUCAUGGUUAAGUUCAAACCACGGCUGUGACAAGAGAGGUUCGUUAUCAUCAUACUUCGCACCUAUCGACUCUGUUAUGUAUUGGUACUCGAAUCUUGAGAAUGGCAAGUUUUGGUUCCCUGCUCAAGUCUACAAUCGCGAGAACGGACAUGUUGGAUUCAUGAUGUCUUGUUACGAUGCUAAGAUCAGAUACGAUUUCAAGACUGAUACAUUUCAAGCAAAAUACUCAGCGCAUGGCCGGCGAGCGGCGGAGGAAAAGGUGACGUGGCAGAGGCUGAGACCGUCUCAAGUGGACACAAAGUCACGUGAUCUGCACGUGUCAGAUUGUUUGGACGGACUUCGACCCGGAGACCAUUUCGAGAUCCAAUGGCGAAAAACCAAAGAGUUUCCUUUUGGUCUUUUUUUUUUUUUUUUUUUGUCAAAGAUUAUGGUUGGUGGUUUGGAAUCGUGGGUCAUCAGCAAAACUGCGACGGAGAAGAGAAUUGCCGUUGCCACACUGACGAGAAUGUGGUGAUGGAGUUCAGACAAUUCAGACCGGAGUCGCCGUGGAGUAGGACGGUGAUAAACAGAAAGGAACACCGUGAGACGGGAAAUGAAGAAGACGGUUUCUACGGCGGAGUGAAGAAAUUGGGUACGGAGGAUGAGGUUUCUACGUGGAAGCGAUUGUGGCCAUCACAAUCCUUGGAAUAGUAGUACUAGUGUCAUUACUAGGGAUUACAAAGUGCUACUACGUUCGGAUUUUAUUUUGCAAAUUUUGUUUUGAAGCUAUUUUGGUUUUGUAUUUUGUUUUUGUUUAUGAUUAAUUUUUUAUAUAUAUUUAAGUUUGUAAAUAUCUAUUUUUUUUCUUCUAUUUUUUAGAUUAUUGUAAUUAAAGGUUGUUUAGUUUUGGAAGUUGUAAGGACAUUUUCAAGGGACCCUAUCAAAACUUUAUUAUAGAGUAA